AUGUCAGCGAUACCGACCGCCGCAGACUCCGACCAGGAUCCCGAGCGGGAUGCGACGAGUCCGACUGCCGUCCGGGCGCCAAGGCCGAUUGCCGGGCCGAUGUUCCGCUCCGUGCCGUUUCAAAUCGUUGUUGCUUGCGGCGUGUCAUUCACGGCGCCCGGAAUGUGGGAUGCAUUAGGCGGCCUAGGCGCAGGUGGGGCUGCCGAACCGUAUGCUGUCUCUGCAGCGAAUGCAUUGGUCUAUGGUUUGUUUGCCAUUGUCUGUGUGGCCGCUGGUGCCAUCAACCACCGAAUCGGGCUGCCGUACGGACUGGCACUCGGUGCGAUUGGCUACCCUCUUUACGGAGCGGGACUCUACACAAACAAUAAGAGCGACAAUACGUGGUUCAUGCUAUUUGGCAGCGCCUUAUGCGGGAUAUCUGCAGGCUUCUUCUGGGCAGCUGAGGCGGCUAUCAUCAUCGGUUACCCAUCUCCAGGGGAUCGCGCGUUGUACCUCGCCAUCUGGCAGACGGCGAAAGCUGCCGGGCCCAUUGUCGGCGGUGCUAUCAACCUUGGUCUGAAUGCCAGCAAAAAGACGACGGGGUCAGUUUCAUCCUCGACAUACAUUGUCUUCAUAGUCAUCAUGUGCAUAGGCCUUCCCAUCGCGCUGUGCUUGUCACCCCCGAAUAUGGCAGUCGGCAAGUUGUUCGCCAGCCGGAGAAUCUUGCUACUUUUUCCGGCGUUCUUUAUCAGCUAUUUCUACAACGGCUUUAUGAGCACUUGGCUGGCAACUUAUUUCACGGUUCGCUCCCGCGCAUUCUCGAGCUUCUUCACAAAUUUUGCAGGAAUCUUUAGCUCAUUCCUCGUUGCCAUGCUGCUGGAUAACCAAGGGGUUUUUAUCAAGACCCGUGGCCGCAUUGUCUUUUCAUCAAUCAUCGUAGUUCUUGCCGGAACCUGGAUUUGGGCUAUUGUCUUGCAGAAGCAAAUCUAUGACGCGGACGAGGCACCUGCAUAUGACUGGUUCACGGGUGGCUUUGGUAAGAGUUAUGCUCUUAUGUUCUUUUGGCAGUUCGGGGGCCAGGCAUUCCAGCAAUUUCUGUAUUGGCUCGUUGGCCAAUAUGCCACAGAUCUUUCUGAUCUGAGCAGACACACAGGAAUAUUGAGAGGCACAGAGGCACUGGGUCAGACCGUUGCUUGGGCGAUGCAGUCAGAGGGUAACGCAAAUCACUUUGUUAGCAUUGGCCUUAACUUUGCUAUCACUAUACUCUGCGUCCUUCCCACCUGGAUAGUCCUCUCUGAGCUGGAAGGGAGUCAUGAGAGCCCAGCUGGUGCGGACGAGGAGGUAUCAGGCGGAGAGAAGACAGCGUGA